CCAUUUUAUUAUAUAUUUAUGUAAUUCACCAGGUCUCUAGGGCAAUUUCUCAAAUCGAAAUCCAUUCCUUUCUUUAGAUUACUAUCACCUAGAGUUAAGAAACCCCUCCACCGCUCAGUCUCUGUGUGCAGAGAGAUCACCAUGGACAGAGAGCAACAAGAGCUUCAGUUUCUAGGGUUCUUUGGAAUCUUGAAAGAAUCCUUCAAGAUCAUAUUUUCAUGGAGAAAAAUCUUUAGCCAGUUAACCCUUGCUCUUAUUCUCCCUCUCUCCUUCCUCAUCCUUGCUCAUAUCCAUGUCUCCCAGCUCUUCUUCUUCAAUAUUCUCAACAUGGAAGAUCGCUUAGACUAUAGCCCCCAAAAUUCCCACAAAAUAUCCUCCGAGUGGGCUGCCUUCUGGCUCUUCAAGAUCGCCUACUUCACCGUCCUUCUGAUCCUCUCCCUUCUAUCUACUUCUGCAGUUGUUUAUACUAUCGCCUGCAUAUAUACUUCAAAGCAAAUCACCUUCAAGAAGAUUAUGAGUGUGGUGCCAAGAGUUUGGAAGAGGCUCAUGGUUACUUUUCUCUGGAGUUUUGCUAUGGUUUUCGUCUAUAAUCUUAUAGCAGCAGCAGUAAUAAUCUUGUGGGUGGUCCUUAAUGGAGGUAAUAAUGUGUUUGGAAUUGUAGUUCUUGUGAUUCUCUUGAUUAUCUACUGUGUUGGGUUACUGUAUAUCACCAUAGUUUGGCAUUUGGCAAGUGUGAUUUCUGUUUUAGAAGAAAUUUAUGGAAUCAAAGCCAUGAUCAAGAGCAAGAACUUGAUAAAGGGUAAGCUUGGGGUUGCAGUGGCUCUGUUUAUUCUGUUGGCUUGUUGUUUUGCUGGAAUUCAACUCUUGUUUGAAGCACUUGUGGUGCUGGAUUUGUCACAAGGAUGGGGAAUCAGAAUUGGAAUUGGAAUCCUUUGCUUCUUGUUGCUAUUCAAGCUGUUACUGAUUGGGCUUGUGAUUCAAACAGUUCUGUACUUUGUGUGCAAAUCUUAUCACCAUGAGAAUAUUGAUAGGCCUUCCUUAUCAGAACAUCUUGAGGCUUAUCUUGGGGAUUACACUUCUUUGAAGGCAGCCAAUGUUCAAAUGGAGCAAUUACAAGCAUAAGUGUUUCUCAAUUUGUAAUGGGUCUCUUCUCAUUAUCAAAUUGAUUAUAAUUUUUAGUAUUUAUUCUCUUGUAAGAUGUAAGAAAGUGGAAACAUUUUCUGUAAUUAGGAAUAUUAUCAGUUUCAUACAUUAAUUAA